CUAAAAGAGUAUUGUGCAGAUUGUGCAAACUCACUGCACACCCCUCUCUACUCCUCAAUCCAAUGCAGAAGUACAGAGUAGAUCAUCAUCUUCAAUAAUAUUUUUUUAUAAAGUAGCCUACUAUACUCAGUAAUAGGAAUUGGUCUUCAAUAAACCAUUGGGUCGAUCGGUGGAGGAGGUGGUCUGGAAAAUGGCUGACGGAGUUGAUCACAUCGACAUCUACGCCGAUGUUGAAGAGGAUUUCAACCAGGAAUCAGAAUACCCUGUCCAUGAUCAGAUAGACCUGUAUGACGAUGUUAUCUCUCCUUCGGCCAAUAACGGAGACGCACCUGAGGACCGGGACUAUCUGGACAACCUACCCCCACCUGCUGGCUCCGAGGGGAACAAGAGCACCCCUCCCAACGUGGUUUACACGUACACUGGCAAGAGGAUCGCCCUGUACAUAGGCAAUCUCACAUGGUGGACAACAGACGAAGAUUUGACAGACGCCAUUGGAUCAAUAGGCAUUAAGGACCUGCUGGAGAUCAAGUUCUUUGAGAACAGAGCCAACGGCCAGAGUAAAGGGUUUGCCUUGGUGUGCGUGGGCUCAGACGCGUCCUCUAGGAAGCUACUGGACCUUGCUAAACGGGAGCUACACGGACAGAACCCCAUCGUUACCUCCUGCAACAAACAGUCCCUCAGCCAGUUCGAGAUGCAGUCUCGGAAAAGUACAUCGGGUGGGCAGAUGUCUGGCGAUGGGAAGGCGGGACCCCCCACCUUGGGCCCCCGCGGUGGCUUCCCCAUGGGCCGGGGCCGGGGCCGCUUCCCUGGCCCACCUGGCCCCGGAGGAGAGCGAUUCCCUGGGCCCAUCGGACCCGGUGGUCCACCGCCACACUUCCCAGGGUCGGGGAUGAGGCCACCUGAACUCAUUAACCAUAGACACCAAGAAGGCCACCUGAUGGAUAUGAAUUUCAAUUGCUUCCCGCCGGGACGUGAUGGGAAUUGGCGACCCAGAGGUGGUAUGCAGGGCCCACCUCGACCCCCUCCUGGUCCCCUGGGUCCCCCCGGCCCUCUGGGCCCCCCUCCCCCAGGACAGGGCCUCCCCCCUCCCAUGCAAGGCCCCCCCAACCGCGGCGACCGCCCCCCACCCCCAGUCAUGUUCCCCGGCCAGUUCGGCCAGCCCCCCAUGGGUCCUCUCCCCCCUGGCCCUCCCCCACACGGCUUCGGCCCUCCUCCGGGGCCCCCACCCCCCCAACAGGGCCCCCCACCCCCUGGUCUUUUUCCUCCUCGACCACCUGGUCCCCUUGGACCUCCACUGUCCCUCGCUCCCCCACCACACAUGCCCGGGCCCCGACCCGGAGGCCCCCCACCUGCUCCCCAUGUCAACCCAGCGUUCUUCCCUCCUCCUGGGGGUCCCAACAACAUGGGGGGCCCUCCUGGAGGGGACGGCAGGGGCCCCAACGGGCCCAACGACCCCUAUGGACGGCCGCCACCGUAUGACCGGGGAGACUUCGGACCCGCCGGCAGUAACCAGCGUCCCCAGCUAAUCUGUGAGUUUGACCUCAGGGCCCCCCUACCCCGCGGCUGUCCAGACCCCUGGAUUAACGAGGGGUUGGUGGAUCUGAAAAAUGGCAGCCAACACUUGCACAAUGCGAGUGACCCAGGGGAGAUGGAGUCAGCACGGACACCGCUGAGCGAGGCGGAGUUUGAGGAGAUCAUGAACCGGAACCGAGCCAUUUCCAGCAGCGCCAUCUCUAGGGCGGUGUCAGACGCUAGCGCAGCUGACUACGGCAGUGCGAUAGAGACUCUGGUGACAGGAUGUUAAUGGCUUCCUCUCUCCGUUAGCUGACUACGGCAGUGCGAUAGAGACUCUGGUGACAGGAUGUUAAUGGCUUCCUCUCUCCGUUAGCUGACUACGGCAGUGCGAUAGAGACUCUGGUGACAGGAUGUUAAUGGCUUCCUCUCUCCGUUAGCUGACUACGGCAGUGCGAUAGAGACUCUGGUGACAGGAUGUUAAUGGCUUCCUCUCUCCGUUAGCUGACUACGGCAGUGCGAUAGAGACUCUGGUGACAGGAUGUUAAUGGCUUCCUCUCUCCGUUAGCUGACUACGGCAGUGCGAUAGAGACUCUGGUGACAGGAUGUUAAUGGCUUCCUCUCUCCGUUAGCUGACUACGGCAGUGCGAUAGAGACUCUGGUGACAGGAUGUUAAUGGCUUCCUCUCUCCGUUAGCUGACUACGGCAGUGCGAUAGAGACUCUGGUGACAGGAUGUUAAUGGCUUCCUCUCUCCGUUAGCUGACUACGGCAGUGCGAUAGAGACUCUGGUGACAGGAUGUUAAUGGCUUCCUCUCUCCGUUAGCUGACUACGGCAGUGCGAUAGAGACUCUGGUGACAGGAUGUUAAUGGCUUCCUCUCUCCGUUAGCUGACUACGGCAGUGCGAUAGAGACUCUGGUGACAGGAUGUUAAUGGCUUCCUCUCUCCGUUAGCUGACUACGGCAGUGCGAUAGAGACUCUGGUGACAGGAUGUUAAUGGCUUCCUCUCUCCGUUAGCUGACUACGGCAGUGCGAUAGAGACUCUGGUGACAGGAUGUUAAUGGCUUCCUCUCUCCGUUAGCUGACUACGGCAGUGCGAUAGAGACUCUGGUGACAGGAUGUUAAUGGCUUCCUCUCUCCGUUAGCUGACUACGGCAGUGCGAUAGAGACUCUGGUGACAGGAUGUUAAUGGCUUCCUCUCUCCGUUAGCUGACUACGGCAGUGCGAUAGAGACUCUGGUGACGGGAUGUUAAUGGCUUCCUCUCUCCGUUAGCUGACUACGGCAGUGCGAUAGAGACUCUGGUGACAGGAUGUUAAUGGCUUCCUCUCUCCGUUAGCUGACUACGGCAGUGCGAUAGAGACUCUGGUGACAGGAUGUUAAUGGCUUCCUCUCUCCGUUAGCUGACUACGGCAGUGCGAUAGAGACUCUGGUGACAGGAUGUUAAUGGCUUCCUCUCUCCGUUAGCUGACUACGGCAGUGCGAUAGAGACUCUGGUGACAGGAUGUUAAUGGCUUCCUCUCUCCGUUAGCUGACUACGGCAGUGCGAUAGAGACUCUGGUGACAGGAUGUUAAUGGCUUCCUCUCUCCGUUAGCUGACUACGGCAGUGCGAUAGAGACUCUGGUGACAGGAUGUUAAUGGCUUCCUCUCUCCGUUAGCUGACUACGGCAGUGCGAUAGAGACUCUGGUGACAGGAUGUUAAUGGCUUCCUCUCUCCGUUAGCUGACUACGGCAGUGCGAUAGAGACUCUGGUGACAGGAUGUUAAUGGCUUCCUCUCUCCGUUAGCUGACUACGGCAGUGCGAUAGAGACUCUGGUGACAGGAUGUUAAUGGCUUCCUCUCUCCGUUAGCUGACUACGGCAGUGCGAUAGAGACUCUGGUGACAGGAUGUUAAUGGCUUCCUCUCUCCGUUAGCUGACUACGGCAGUGCGAUAGAGACUCUGGUGACAGGAUGUUAAUGGCUUCCUCUCUCCGUUAGCUGACUACGGCAGUGCGAUAGAGACUCUGGUGACAGGAUGUUAAUGGCUUCCUCUCUCCGUUAGCUGACUACGGCAGUGCGAUAGAGACUCUGGUGACAGGAUGUUAAUGGCUUCCUCUCUCCGUUAGCUGACUACGGCAGUGCGAUAGAGACUCUGGUGACAGGAUGUUAAUGGCUUCCUCUCUC